AUGCCGACAUGGCUCAGCAUAUGCUUCACUCUCCUCGUCCUGCAUCUAGGGGUAACCGCUCAACAAACACCUCUCACAUCCACGAUCUAUGCGCACCACCCGAACUUUGACUUCACAUCCACUGCGCCCCAUAUCUUUUCCUCCCUUCGCUAUCUACUGGAACAAUGGCCUAACACGUACAUCCCCAACGGCCACUCGAUCGUGCCGUGCUCGAUCCCGGCCUUCACGAACCUCUACCACGGGCGACGAGACGAAAAGCUGCCGCAGAGCCCGGAGUGGUUCGCGUUCGACGCCGAAAUGUCCUACGGCAUCAUGGGCUCCAGCCGCAACUCGCACCUGCUGACGUACCAGAACGUCAGGCCCGUGCAGGCUCUCUAUUUCGACGGCAUGUCCGCCGCGCUGAUGGGCUCGGGGCCCUUGGAUUCGCAGAUGGUGUUUCUGUGCGGCAACACCACUUGCUCCUCUGGGGGGGAAGGGUGGCGCGGACUCUUUGACGAGUAUGCGCGGGCCACGGCGCUGUGUGAUUGGGUAAGGAGGAACGAGCUGGGAGGGCUGGGUUGGGGUAUUGAGGGCGUCGUGCGUAUGAAUGCCGGGUUUGAGAUGAUUUGGUGCAACUUCACUAGCCCGUCCUUGAGGCUGGUCAGCCAUGUCAAUGUGUCGGCGCCGUUAUUGCCGGAAGGGUUCGCGGACGAUGGAUCGGAGGAUGAAGAGAUGCCAAUGGAGGAAGGACGAUUCACGGGUCUCAUGCUCCCUGAGAUGCUGGCCACGCGAACACGAACCAGCCAUGCUACGCCGAACUCAAGCAGCGGUCCACCCUCGGAAAUCCCAACAGGAGGUCCAGACAUGCCUCUCCCACCCAACUGGCGGAGCAAAGCCGAGCGAGAACCCUUUCUGCAGUCCCAGAGCUUCGAAUGGUACCGCAGUGCAACCUGGCAUCGGGGCAGUUCAGGCUCAUCAUCUACAGGUCGACCCGAAGGGCGGGUCAAGCCAAACUUCUGUGGAUUUCUCAGCUACUAUGACUCCAUGCUCAAGGAAUUCUCUUCCGCCUUCGCUGAAGAGGAGAGGACCCGUCUGAACCUCACAGCAGACGGAAGCUGGAAAGGCCCAGCCAGACGCGGCGGGAACCACAGCCUCGCGUUGAAGGAGCUCUCAACCCGGCGCCGCUCACAUAAUCUCUCCCAGAUCACGAAUUACGAAGCGGCCAUGAUGAGCGACGCUGUCCUCCACUCGCUCCGCGCGCUCAACCACUCCUCCUCGUCCUGUACAGGCAUCGAUUGGGCUCAAAAGGCAGUCGACAUAACCUCCCGUUUCUCUCAACCCCUGACCCAAGUCCUCCAGGUCCUUACAUCCCCGCCGUCCAACACGACCAACACGACACUCGUAAGGGAGUACAUCGGCUCCCUCCGCUCGAAAUCCCACGCCAUGCUCAUGCCCUACUUGACCUACCCGCUGACUGCCUCCUCCCUCCCAGCCAUCCACGCCCGCUGUACGACAAGCCAGACAUCCGCCCUCCGCGACCUCCGUGCUGCCCUGCUCCCAACAGAGCAAUCCCUCGUCAACAUCUUCGAGACCGUUCUCUCAGCCAUAUGCAACACAACCCUCUCUCUAGCCUUCUCCGUCGAACAAACCUGGCAAACAUACUACCAGCACGCCAAUAGCUCCGCCCCGAUUCCCACCCUCCCCCAAUCAGUCCUGCAUACCCUGGUCACACAGCACAGUGCCUCGAUCUCCCUGCUGCGCGCCUGGCUCGGCUGGUUUCCCGAUGAAAUGCAAUGUGACCGCGUCUGCGCCGUCGACGAGUUCUGCUUCAUCCCCAUCUGGCCGCUGUUGUUCCUUGAGCCUCGAGGCCAACCUGGCGGUGGUCGAACGCCGCCACACCACCGACCUCCUCCUGGACGGGGCAGAGGGCCACCACCCCGGCGAGGACCACCGCGUGGCCGCAAUCCUUGGGGAGAUUUGGAAAGUGAAUUAUGGCAGCCUCGGUGUUUAAAGGUUCUGGAUUAG